AUGAAUUUUUUUUCAGAUGGUGGACGAAGCAGUAAAUUCAAUCCAGAUGUAUUAAAAGAAUGUGACAUGAAUGGAGAUUUAAUAUCAAUUUGGUGUGUGAGUGGUUAUAAACCUGAUGAGGCCAUUUGUACAUUUUGCAAUGUCGCAAUUUCCUGCAAACAUCAUGGAUCUGCAGCAGUCAAACGACACUCAAAAACCGCUCGGCAUGUUACUGAGUGCGAAAAGCACCGUGACAAGGAUGGUGUACUGAAAAAAACAACGCAAACAAGAAUCAACUACACUAAUUCAAGAGGAAUAGAGUGUGAAAUGAGUCACGGUGAAAAAGUUUCAGCUGCUGAAAUACAGUUUGUUGUUUCCUUGGCUGAUAAAGGCAUACCAUAUACCUUUUCUGACACAGCCACAAUGCUGUUUCCUCAAAUGUUUACGGAUUCUAAGAUAGCUAAGGACUUUACUUGCUCCAGAACCAAAGCUUCUUAUUUAAUUUCAGAUGGUCUCGGUCCUUAUUUUAAAGACCAACUUUUAAAUGAGAUUAGAAGCUCUGGAUCGUACUAUUCCAUUAUAGUAGAUGAAACACCUUUACCAGAGAAACGCUUGCAGCAGAUGGAUGUUUUUGUUCGUUUUUACAGCAAUAUAAGUGAACGAGUAAUUGCGCAGCACUUGCAAAGUUUCCAUAUAGGCCACGGAACUGCCGAUGUUAUGUUUCAGUGCGUAAGGGAAGUUUUUGAUCAAUUACCAAAUGAAAAGCUGCUAUGUUUUUUUAGUGAUGGCCCGAAUGUGAUGAAAAGUUUGGUCGCAAAAGUGAAGGCCCAAAUUCCUCAAAUAUUGGAUGUUUCGACUUGUAAUCUUCACAAGGUCCACAACAGCUUUUCAAAAGCUUUAACUGUUUUCGGGGGUGAUGUAGAACUAUUAAUUGUUGACUUGUAUUAUUUUUUUAAACAUUCGUCUGCCAAAAGUGCCGAUCUGAAAGAGCUGCAAGAGCAGUUAAGUGUGGCCGACAGAGUUCUUGUUCGACAUGUUAGUAGUCGUUGGCUUACUUUAGAGACAUCACUGAUCCGCUUCAUUGAUAUGUUUGAGUUGAUCAAUACUUUCUUUCGAAAAGGUCUAAGCUCAAAGAGUAGAGAUGGAGCUCGCUGUAAGCGAAUUAAACAAGCUUUACAUGACAAAUCGCUUUUACCAAAAGCCCUCUUUUUGAGAAAUGUUUCAGACAUUCUCAAUAGGUUUGUGGGUCUUUUCCAGACAGAAGCCCCUCUUAUCCAUAUUCUGUAUGAUGAGAUGGUAUCUUUAGUGAAGACUUUAUUAGGGCGCUUUCUGACUAAUUUGUUCUUCCAGAAUUUGCCAGGAACCGACUUGAAGGUAUUAGAUGUCAGCAAAGCUGAAUAUUGGAAGACUGCUUCAGCGAUCGACAUCGGUUUGGACACCCAAAAGGCAAUGGCAACAUUAUCUGAUGCAGAAAAGAAAUCAUUUUAUCUGGGUGCCAGAUCUUUUUAUCUAGCGUGCAGGAAGAAAUUGCUUAAAACCCUGCCACUUGACAACAGGUUAUUAUACCAUUUGCAAGUUUUACAUCCAGUAAUGAAAAUGGAGGAGACAUCCAUUCUGUCUAUAAAAUACUUGGCUUCAAAUACUUCAAUUGUAAAGCCUGAAGAGGUUUCUUUGUUAAAAGAUGAGUGGAUACGUAUUCAAGCUGAACCUGAAGAAGAGUCAAGUAUCCAGAUUCUUACAGAGUCAAGCAAUAGCAAUAAUUACAUACCAAUUGAUGUAUAUUGGAAAAAGUUUUUUGAUAAAAAAGACAAUUUGGGUAAUAAAAAAUACCCUUUUGUAACUAAGCUUUUCCAAGCUUUUUUAUGUGUGCCUCAUGGUAGUGCAGAUAUUGAAAGAGGCUUUAGCACGAACAAAAAGCUUCUUGACAAUAGAGGAACUUUAAAUUGCUAUAGUGUAAAUGGUUUGAGGCAAAUUAAUUCUCAUAUCACUAGGAUAGGCGGAAUAGAAAAAUUUAAAGUUAAUAGGGACAUUAUCAAAGCCGCACGUGCAGCUUACAAAAACUACACAACAAGAGUUCAGAAAGAAAAUGAAGGUGAGAAACGCUGUCGUGAAACUGAGAACUCGGUCACAGAACUGCAAGAAGCUGAGAAUAAAAUAAAACAGAAAUUAAAAGCUUCACAAGAACUGUUGGCCAGUGCAGAAAAAAAUAUUCAGGAUGGGAUAGAAAAAAAAGAUAUGGCUAUAAUAGAAGGUGGACAAAUUCUUUUAACCGAAGCUAAAUCUGGAAUUACUGCAAAUUUAGCAGAGUUGGAAAAUGUUCGAAAGCAACUUGCAAUGAAUCUGCCUAAAAAACUCAAAAAGUAG